AUCGAAAAUGUACACCCACCCGCAUAGGGCUUUCUUAAAAUUUAUACAAAAUAUCAUAGUGUCAAGUAAUUAAUUAAUAAAUUACAAAAAAAUUAUGUGAUCAAAAUUUCCUGAUUUUUUAUUUUUUUUUAUUUAAUACCGUAUUUUCUUUCUGAGCUUGUCAAUGCUUUUUUAUAAAUGACAUUUAUUUUUGGAGCUGUUAUUUGCUGGAACAAACGAUUGAUGAAAAACCGCCGUGUGUGAUUCAACCGGCUGAUAAUAUUAACGGCGCUGCUGCCUCCUGCUCGUCCAUAUUGUGCCAUCCCCUUUUUACGCAUUUGUCUUCUCUUCCAAAAGGCGCAGGCGAAGACGAUCUGUCGCCGCCGGAUUGAGAAAAAUGCCUUCAAAUCGUAAAGUCAUUAUGAGAGAAAAUUGGAGGAAACGUGGAAAAACCUCUCCUGUUUUGGAGGCAGAACCAGAAAAUUUGACUGUAGUUUCUAGGGCUACCGUCAUGGAACAAAAUGCUGAAACAAAUGGAUGUUCGGAUGGACCAAUUUCCCUUACUAUUACAAACCAUAAUGAUGUAAAUCAAGUAUCUACCAAAGCUGAAAAGCAGAUGGCUAAAACCAUAUCUACUCAAGAUGCCAAGAAACCUAAGCAGGCUUCCACUAAUGCAAAGGGAAGUCGGUCUCGUAGAAGUAUUCCACCAACUCCACCAAAUUCAACACCUACAGUAUCUCCUCCAUCAGAAAGGCGGACCACACGGAAUUUACCAUCUCCGGCUCAACCGGCCCCUCAACCUUCUGUGAAACCAGUUUCAAGAACUCUUACUGCGGCUGAGCGUAAAUCAGUAAAAAACUCUAUUCCCAUUCCUGCCACUAACACACAGUCAAACAAAAAAGUGACACAACCUCCUACACUUAGCCCACAAGUAUCUGGAACUGUGCCUCCAACGAGUGGGGUAGUCCCUUCUUUGCAAGAUACUCCUGCACCUGUUACUCCUAUUAGUUCUAGGAGUGCUAAACAUACUCCACAGUCACAGAGUCAUACUUCACCUCCAUUGUUAAAAUCUCAAAAACGUCAGUCUAAGAGGCAGUCUGAUAUUCCAAUAGUUGAGUUGGACUCUGCCUCCUCUAGAAGUAAACGUGUUAGAUUGCAACAUCAGCCAUUUCAAUCUCCUCCACCACCAACCAUAAUACCUGCUAUUUUAAGGCAACCUAUUAUCAAGACACCGGAAGAUAAAAUCGUUGUUUUUCAAAAAGGUGAAUUUUUGGCUGUGAGAAAUGAAAAUGGAAGCUUUUUUGUAUGUAGAACAGCUCAGAAUGUGUACAAAAGUAGCAAAAGGUUUAAAAUUCAAUGGAUGAGUGACAAGGAACCCGAUGUUUAUAUUCCAGACUUUUAUGACCAAACAGAUUUUGAGUGUGUAUUAACAAAUUUAAGGAUGAAACGUGUAGAUAAAAACAAAUUUAUGCUCCCAGCUGAUGAAAGGCAAAGAACGCUAAAUAUACUUCAGCGAGCGUUAAAUGUUGAAAAUGGAAUGACCAUUUCCCCUGUGCAAGUAACAGUGGAUGGAGUUGAUGUUUCUAUUGUUGGAAAAGAAGAUGAAGAAAUUUUAAGGCAACAACAAGAAAAUUUGCAGAAAACUGAACAUAAAACUAAAGUGUCACCCGUUCAAAAACGAGGUCGUCCCAAAAAGCCUGAACCUUCUCCUCCUGCUAAAGUCCCAGUGACUCGUUCAACAAUUACUACUGAAAAAAAGAUAAGCAAAACAUUAGCUGCGAAAGUCAAGCUGAGAGCCAGAGAAACAGUAAAGGUCAAACUAAAAAAAGAAGGAGGUCGCAUUAUUGUAUCCAACAAAGCUGGGAAACCUGUUACUAAGGUGAGGAAAAUAGCUGAAAGGUUGCAUCCGAAUCCUAAAGUAACUGUAUUUGAAAAGGAUCCUUCUUUUCAAACAAACACACCCAUUCCGUAUGUGUCAUCAUCAGCUCAUAGUAAACUACUCAUUCGUGCAAUACUUUUAAAAGAUAUGGCCAUGCUGCAGUCUUUGAUUAAAGAAACACAGAAGAUAUGUUCACUGAAUGCUCUUAGAAGUGUAGAUCUUCAACUGACUCCUCUAACCUAUGCUGUCCUAGAAGAAGAUCAUAGGGCAAUCAGAACUCUAUUAACUGUAAAUAAAAGAAAAUAUGCUAAUCCCCCUGAAACAUUGCUGGAGUAUCAGAACAGUGGAAGGUACAAUAUGACAAUGCUUGGCCAUGCUGUAAAACCUAUAAAUUCUUGUCGUGGUGGAAGAGAAGGAAAUAAUGCAUUUUUGAAGGAUUCAUUCUUCUGUAAUCGAACUUAUCCAGAAGUGAAUCAGGAACUUCUUAAAGAGGCUCUUAGAGCAGGUGUUUCCAUUGAUACUUUUAAUCUGUUAUUUGCAGAGAAUAAGGAAGACUGUUAUGAUUAUUCUUGGAAGAAAGAUGAAGUCUUGAAACAAAUACACAUUGCUGUCCGAAAUGGUCACCACAAACUUGCUGGACAAUUGAUGAAUGAAGCUCUUUUAAAAGGUGGAUACAAUAUUGGAAAUCUUCAUAAAGAAGUUUUGCUGAAUGACAGGCAACCCUUAACUCCUUUUAAAUCGGUGUCAGUGUUGAAAAAAGCUUAUGGAAAUGCAAGGAUUACACCCUUACAUUGUGCAGCCAUUAAUCCAAACCCUCAAUACUUUUCUGCUCUACUUACAUCAGUGCCAGAGUAUAAUGUUACAGAUGAUAAUGGUUGGAGACCUAUACAUUACGCUGCUGUAUGCAAAAGUACUGGUCCUUUAGAACUACUUAUUGCCAGAGGUGUUUCUUUGGAUGAAGCAGAAUCUGAUGGUAACACUCCACUUCUUCUAGCUGCACGUACUGGACGAGCACAUAAUGUUGAUUUAAUUUUGAAACACUUAAUAUUCUCAGAGCACAACAAGAAAGAAACUGCAAUAACUGUAUCAUUACAAGAUAAACAGUGUGUAAAUGCUGUUGAUAAAGGAAAUAAAAAAUCAUACACUGCACUACACAUAGCUUGCGAAUAUGGACGAAUUGAUGUUGUGCGUGUAUUAAUACGACAUAAAGCAAACGUUGAUAAAAUGACUAAUGCUCAACAUGAUAAGUUGACACCACUAAUGCUUGCCUCUCAGAAAGGACAUUUGGAUAUAGUAAGCUUAUUAAUUGAACAUUCAGCUCAAGUCGAAAUGAAAGAUAAAAAACAAAGAACUGCUUUGACCCAUGCAAUCAUAAAUGGACAUGCUCAUGUAACAUCAUAUUUGUUACGUCUUGGUGCUAAUCCUAAUUCUACAGAUUCAUCUGGAAAUACACUGGUUCAUUACGCUGCUGCUUAUGGUUGGUACUUUUGCAUGAAACUCCUGAUUGAAGCUGGCGCCAGUUUAAAUCUUCCAAACGAUUGGAAAAUUACUCCUCUUAGUUUGGCUUUUAUGAAAGGGCAUAUGGGAUUAGUGGAUUUCCUAGUGGAGCAACCUGGCAUUGAUAUUAAUGUUGAUGUUAAUAAUGAAAGCGGAAUGACAUUAGUCAUGCAAGCUUUAAGAUCGAAAAUAAAUCACUCAAUGCUGGAAAGGAUACAUUUCCUAGUUGUCAAACAGAAAUCAGAUUGUACUAAAUUGGAUUUUAUGGGCAAUAAUGCUUUUCAUCACCUGGUUCUUGCGGAGGUAGCAGAGGUGAUCAUUGAAACAAAGAUGGAGUUAAAUGGAGACAGAAGUGAUGAUGAUUCCAGUGAAGACCUUGAGAAUGAGUCAAAGAUAACUGCCAAAACAGAAGAAAAACAGUUAUUUAAGGAAGAAGCCCAACAAGAACAUGAUGCUCUUAUACAAGAAAUAACAAAAUUACUUCUUGAUCAUGGAUGUGAUCCCAUGGUCAAGAACAAGGAAGGUGAAUCACCUUUUACUCUUGCAGUUAAAGAGGGGUGCUUACUUCUGGUAAAAAUGUUCCUCGACGCUGGUUGUGAAUUGAGCUUAGAUGUCAGCCAAACUGGUGAUAAUAUUCUUCAUUAUUUAGUAACACAUGCUCGAAAUAGAAAAGUGGAGCCUAUGUUGCAAGCCAUUUUAAAUGCUAAAUGCAGCAGUCCAGAAUCAACUCCUCAUCAAUUGCUUUGUCAAAUGGCAAAAAUGUAUAAUAAGAACAGACAUACACCAUUACUCCAAGCUCUCCACACUGUAAAGUCUUGUCAUGAUGAAGAAAGUCAAACUAGACUGUUAACAUUCGUGAAGUUUUUGUUGGAUGAACUUGGGGCAGAUGCAUCAGCACCAUGUAAAAAUGAAGAAGGAAAAGAAACAGCUUAUGCUUUGCAUCUUGCUACUCGUUCCAAAGGAGGUAGAGUUAUUGAAGUGCUGUUAUCUCAUAAACCUCCUUUAAAUUGUUUUGAUGAAGAAGGUCAGACUCCAUUGAUUCUAGCUAUAAAAGAAGAAAAUACUGAGGCUGUAGAAGCUCUGGUUAAAGCUGGAGCCAAUGUGAACUUGAAGUCAACUGGAAAAGAAAGAAUAUCACCUCUUAUUUUAGCAUCAAAAAAUCCUAAACUUGGUAAAAUUGUGAUACUCCUGGUUCAUAAUAAAGCAGAUGUAAAUGAUGUAGACCCAAAAAGCAAAAGUACUGCCCUACACUAUGUUGUCACAGCUAGGGCUCAAAAUGUCUUGGAAACUGGUAAAAGUCUUUUAACAGCAGGAGCAGAUGUAAAUGCUGUGAAUGACAAACAAAGAACUCCGCUUCAUUUAUCUGUGAACGCCUCUUUCAGUGAUAGUGAUUCUUCUUACGCAAUCGAAGAAUGUUUGCUUGGAUUUGGAGCUAGGCUUGAUGCUCUGGACUGUCGACAUAGAAUUCCUCUGCAUUAUGCAUUUGUUAAAAUUGGAAGACAUUCAGAUGCUACUCAGAUAGAUCCUAUGGAAUUAGUAGUGCUCUUAACUGGUUCAAUGGAAAAAGAAACAAUGCUUGUUCCUGAUCAGUUUGGGCGUACAGUACUACACUCUGCAGCUUUCAGGGGAGCUACAAUAUCAGUCAUGCACUUGUCUAAAAGCUUUACUAAUUUAGAUACCAAAGAUAAAGAUGGUAACACAGCUUUAGGUCUGGCAGUAAGAAAUGGCCAUGAAAGUUGUGCACUAAUGCUGCUUCAAAGAGGUGCUUGUUGCACAGCCGAUGUUGUUACUCCUGCAUCUCCUGUGAAAAAGAAUGAAAACAACUGUUGGACAUGGAAGGAGGUUAAGAAGCAUCCUUCAGUUCCUGAAAAACAUACCAUUUUGCAGGAAACCCUUUUGAAAGAUUGGCAAGGAAUAUUGUAUUUGAUGCUAGAUCAACUCGAUAGCUCAGGAAAAACAAUAAAUAUUGCUGUUGAGGCUUCUUUAAGGACAGCAAAGUACAAUGUAGCUUUAAAACUUAUUGGACGUAUAAAACAUGGCUGGACAUUAUACAGUGAAAAACAGAGCAUGCUUCAUGUACUUUCAAGAGAGGCUCCUCCUGAUUAUUUACCAGAACUGCAAAUCAAAGUUGCUCAAUUUUUGAUUGAAAAGGGUGUCCCUCCCAUGUCAAAAGAUGAGCAUGGUUGUUCUGUAUUAAUUUAUGCAGCUAUGUUUUGGAAUCAUACAUUGUGCUCAUUUUUUACUACUAAGGUAAGCAUUGCUGUUGCUGCACAAGUGGAUGCCGAUAAAUCUUUGCGGACACCUUUCUCUGCUCUGUUUUGGCAGCUGAGUUCAGAGGAUUUACCUGAAGAUAUAAAAAAUUGGUGUUGUAGUUUACUUAAAGCUGGAGCAAACCCAAAUGUUUUAACACGUUAUCCUAUUCUCAUGAGUCCGUAUCCUGGUGUUAGAUGUACUGUUCUAAAAUCUUUAUAUAUUGAAGAUGCUAAUGCUCCUAAGUAUAGUCCUCUAAUAAUGGCUAUUUAUAAGGAAAACUAUCCUGUUGUAAAACUUCUACUUACUAAAGGAGCAGAUGUGAAUUUUCCCGAUGAUCAAUUGAGAACACCAUUGAUGCAUGCUGUUAGAUUGAAUGACAUCAAAAUGGUGAAGUUGCUGUUAAAUUUCAAUUAUGACCCCACAAAAGACAAAAAUCCUUAUGGUGAUGCAGAACCAGGAAGUUUUCAGAAAACCAGCAACGUUAACCUUGCAGCCCAAGACUCAAAGGGUUGGACUGUGAUACAUCAUUUAGUUGAUCCUUUACCCGACUACUGUUAUGCUAACUGUGUUAUGUUGAAUUUUUUGGCUGAAAUGGGUGCUUCCUUAGAUACUGUUAAUGCAGCUGGAGAGUCUCCUUUGCAAAUGGCCUCUAGGCUAAAGCGUGAUAUACUAGUAACUGCUUUGGAAAGAUUACUCAAAACGCCCGAUAACCAAAAAAUAAAAUUAGAGCUUAACCUGCCAGUACCUCUAUCAUCUGAUGAUAUCAAAUGGGACCAACCAAUAUCAUCCUAUGUUGAAGAUAGUAAAUCAUAUUUAGAAAAAAUAGCUAGUGAAAAAAUGGAUCUUGAAAUUGCAGCUACAUGUCUACAGCCUGAUCCUUUAUCUGGUUUUGACAAUAACGGAGAAAUUGUGACUGAUACAGAAAAAGAUGUUCCUUAUGAUGUAGUUAUGACUGUUGUAGAUUUAAAUUAUGGAGCCUAUGGAAUUUAUAAUUUUUAUAAAAUGCAGCUUAUUAAACACAAAGGAAAAGACCUAUUUAUACUUUUUACUUGUUGGGGACGUGUUGGUGAUACCGGACAAUACCAGAAAACUCCUUAUAGCACAUUAGCUGAUGCUGUAAAGGAAUACACCCGCAUAUUCCGUGCCAAAAGUGGUAAUAGCUGGGAUGACAUUAAAAAUUUUCAGCCUCAACCUAAGAAAUAUCGCUUAGUUCAGCUUGAAAGAAAGAAAUUUCUUCCUCAACAAAAUGUAAAGCUUAAUUUGACUUCAACUGUUCCAUCAAAAUUAAGUCCUCCAUUACAAAAUCUAGUGAAAAGCUUAAUUGAUGUGCAUACAAUUGAAGAUACUUUGAAAGAAUUAGGAGUAACAACAAAAUUUGAAGUUUUACCUUUUGGUUGUCUUUCUGUUGAUGUCCUUACAGCAGCUGAGAAUAUUCUGAAAGAAAUAGGAAAUGUGAUAACUGAAAAAGACAACCUGAAUCAGAAUGUAAAAUCUCAAGAAAAGUUUGCUGAAUUAAUGCAUACAAUUGUGAAGCUAAGUGAAGAGUUUUACCAGCUACUUCCAGUAUAUGGUUACCAAUACGAAAAAUUAUGUCCUUUGUUUAGUGCAACAGAUGUUCAUUCAAAACUUGUUCUUAUUCAUAAUUUACUUCACAUAGGAUUAUCAUCAGAGUUGCUUCUAGGAUCCAGUUUGAAAUGUGCAGAUACUCACCCUUAUGAUUAUGUAUAUAGAUCUCUAAAAUGCAAUUUAAAGCUUCUCAACCAAGAUUCUCAGGAAGCUCAAAUGAUUUUGCAGUACAUAAAUAGUACAUCUCUUAGCAAGUCUGUGAAAGUGCAGUCAAUCUAUGCUGUGUACAUACCUGAACAGAUUGAGCAAUUCAAGACCCAGAGUCUCUCCAACCGUAUGCUGUUAUGGCAUGGAACACGUCUUUCAAAUAUGCUAGCUAUUAUGGCUCGAGGUUUGCAAGUUGCUCCUCUUGGAGUGCAAAUAAAUGGCAACUUAUUUGGAAAAGGAAUAUAUUUUGCUGACAUGUUUACAAAGAGCCAGAAAUAUUGCUUGCAGAGUCAUUCAUCUAAAACAAAAAGCAUACUUCUCUGUGAGGUUGCAUUAGGUGAUAUUAAAGAAGUAGAUUAUAAUGUAGUGGUUGAUCCAACAGAAAAAUAUGACAGUGUCAAAGCUGUGGGACACAGGCAUCCUAAUCCAGCCCAAAGUAUAUUUUGGAAAGGUAUGACUGUUCCUUUGGGUACACCUGUGAAUGCCUUGGAAUUGGGGACAUCAUUGUCACAUCAUUAUCUGAACUUCAACGAAUAUGUGGUUUAUAAUUCAUCCCAAGUGUGCAUUCGUUACUUGAUACAGUUUAUUGAUUAAGAAAAAAAAAUAUUUUUUAAACUCUCUCGGCUCACUUUCUAAAAGUGUAUAGAAAAAUAAAAAAAACAUUUCACCUUCCCAUUUUGACGACUGUGACAGACGCCAGCAGACUAUGGGGGUUAUAACCCCAGACUAACAGUGCAAAACAUCAUUUUUUGCAUCUUCUUGUCAGCCCAAGCGGAAAAAAAAAAAUGUGUUAUGAAAAUCACCCUCUUUCAUUAUUUGAAAAAGAAAUUAUUUCAUCAUAUUACAUUGUUGGUAUUUCUUGAAUGUUUUCCAGUGAACAAGCCAGUUGUUUUAUUUUUUAGGUAUUUGUGAGCUGGAAUGACAACCUGAGGCACAAAAAUAAAAGGUUUUUUUUUUCUUGUUUAUUUUCUUUUGAAAUUCCAUCACGGAUUAUUUUUUACUUGAAUGAAUUUUUGAGCGAAAGCUUCAGAUCUUAAGACUGUUUUUAAUAUAUCAUAUUUAAAAUAUAUAUAUAUAUAUGAAUUUAUAUUUGAAUCAUUAUAUUCUUCCUUGUUUUAUUUUUCUUACUUUUAUGCAGAGUUGAAAACGUGUUGGGAUUUUAAAAGAAAAUAAUCACUUUCUGGCAUGUCUUGAAUGAGGAAAGUGAUUUUUAAAAUAUCUGAUUUUAGAUUCCUUGUACCUAAUAAGGAAACAGGUGCAAUGUAGAUAUUUCGUGAAACUGACCAUGUCAACGGCCUUUUAAUUGCAACCAACUGUUUUAAUCUAAGAUCGAAUGAAAAACUGAUUUGUUUUGAUCAUUGUUUUAUUAUAUUAGGUUUUAUGAAGUUAUUAAUUUCUAUAUUUAAAUUAAUGACAUCAAUCAAAACAAAGGCACUUUUAAUCAUUCGCAUUUGUGUUGCACUGAUAUUUACAUUUAAAAUCUCUAUAGUUUAAUUUACGAUUCAGAAAGUUAUAAAAUAUUGCAUGUAAAUUAAAUCAUCUUUUUAAUAAUGUAAUGAAUUAUGUUUUACAUUAACGGUGAGAAAAUUUUGGUGAUUUAAAUUUGAGUUCAGCAUGAAUUUAAUUUAAUCUUUACAUUACAUUUCUUUGUUGUAUAAAUGAAUCAUGAGUAGUGUUGAGUUUUAUGGCUGGAUCACUCAUCUGCAAUAAUUGCAGCCAUCUGUAACAAACGUGUUGCCUGAAAUAAAAUAUUGCAAUUCACUA